UAUCCAUGUGUGCUUCUCUGGUGAUCAGCACCGGUGUGGACUAAUUCUAAACCGGGAGUGGUCUCCGUUUUAUUUAGAAGAGUGAACGUUAUAACACCAGACGCUUUUAGACGCAUGGCUUUGAAUAAAAGAGACAAUAGAAACGACACCACGUGAUGCUCCCGGCCGCUUGAGAUCACCGCACCGGAACCCAGCGGAGCCUCGUUGGAUGCGAUCAGUGUCUAUGAGGUGAAUGUUGACGACGCCAUUGAAAUGUUACCAAAAUCGAGACGAGCUCUGACCAUUCAAGAGAUUGCGACAUUAGCGCGAUCCUCCUUACACGGUAUUUCCCAGGUAGUGAAGGAUCAUGUGACGAAGCCGACAGCCAUGGCGCAGGGCCGAGUGGCCCACCUCAUCGAGUGGAAGGGGUGGUGCAAGCCGAUGGAUACUUCUGCCGCCCUGGAGUCUGACUUUAAUUCUUACUCUGAUCUCACAGAAGGAGAACAAGAGGCGCGUUUUGCUGCAGGUGUGGCAGAGCAGUUCGCCAUUGCUGAGGCUAAGCUGAGGGCCUGGUCAUCAGUUGAUGGGGACGAGUCCAAUGACGACUCAUACGAUGAAGACUUUCUGCCUGCCAAUGAGCCGACCACACAGAGCACAGAUGUGCCGUCGUAUCCUCCCUACCUAAAAGACCUGAUCCACAGCCAGCUUUGUCAACACCUGGGCCUGCGUGGGCUGUGCUGCGAGGGAGGGGACGACGGAGGCCGAUAUGGAGGGGGCAGCGGUGAGCCGUCUCCCACGGCGGGCUCCCCGGACACUCUGUGCUCCAGCCUGUGCAGCCUGGACGAGCACCACCCGCUGCUGCGUGACCUGGGCGCCCCGCGCGGAGGCCACAGCAACGCCGCCGAGCUCGCCGCUAAGAUCCUGUCAGCACUGCAGGGAGGGGAGGACCUUCUUCUGGCUCGACUUCAGAGGGUGGCGCAGACGGGCCCCGGCAGGGGGGACUGUGGCUUCCACACCCUUGGGGGGAGCGGGCGGGGUGUCGGGCCUCGUGGGGGUCAAGCUUCCCCGUCCUACUCCAUGUCCUACUCUGAGACAUACCUGUCCCCUGGGGAGGACGAUGACACUCCCUGUAAGGACUUGUGCCAGGUGGAGGCCAACGGCGAGGAGUUCCCGCCCGAAUAUGACCCCCGCAGGAGGCUGUCCGACGUUGCCUCUUCAGGAGUUGUUUCGCUCGACGAGGAAGAGGAGGAAGAAGAAGAAACAGUGGGCGAGUCAAACAACCAAUGACUGGUCUCGCCUCAGCGUUACUUAGGUGCCUCCUUCCACCAUGACACCUACAAUGUUUGCUUGAUUUAUUCAUCUGUCUUUGCCUUACUUCAAACAAACUCCUUGCAAUCUCAUCUCUUUGUUUUUUGCAAGCGUCCAAACAAUCAUUUUACCCGCGUGCAAAGAGGACUCGUGCUCAGUUACACCUGACCUGUGCGCCGCAAACCCCACGAAAGAAAAAUGCAGACGGAAUGACUGAGUCCAGAACUCCGAUUUUUCUCUUUGCAUGCGUUCUGCAAGUUGCUGACAUUGGUGGUCAGACCUGAGCACGGUUUGUAAUUUCUCCCCCUUAACCCACCCAGUCCUCCCCACCGCCCCUUUGCAAGACACAAACUAGAGCAUCCUUUUAGGCAUGGCUUGCUGAGUAUGCCAAACUAUUUAUUCCUGUCACGAUUGACUGCUGUGGAACCUCCAAAGUGGAACAUCUAACUCACUUUUUCCGCUAGAGUAUUUUUGUGUUUUGUACCAAAGUGGAACAACGAUACGUGGUAACCUACUGAGAACCUGCCGCCUCUGCAGUGGACAUUUGCGUUUUGCGUAACAAGGCUAUUUUUCUCAAUGAAAUUUGGAACCAAAAAACAAACUGCCACUGCAGCGGAUGCCUGUUCUCAGUAGGAUAUACAAUUGAACCCGCUUAAAAGACUAUUAGCACUAACAAGUUCUCUGUGAAUUUUUUGCUCGUGAAAAUGAAUUUACCAUUAUAUAAAUUGGUUUUAGAGUAGGGCAGCACGGUGGUACUGUACAAGGGUAUAAGUGCAUGUACCUCACAAUACAAAGGUCCUGGGUUCGAUCCUGGGCUCGGGAUCGCUCUCUGUGGAUUUUGCAUGUUUUCCCCGUGACUGCGUGGGUUCCCUUCCACCUCCAAAUACAUGCACCUGGGGAUAGGUUGAUUGGCAACACUAAAUUGUCCCUAGUGUGUGAAUGUGUGUGUGGAUGUUGUCUAUCUGUGUUGGCCCCGGGAUGAGCUGGCGACUUGUCCAGGGUGUUCCCCGCAGCUGAGAUAGGCUCCAGCACCCCCCACAACCCUUAUAGGGACAAUCGGUAGAAAACGGAUGGAUAGAUGGAUCAAUUGGUUUUAGAGUAAUAGGUAGACUACUUGUACUUUGAACGCGCAUUUCCCAUCGCCAGACUCGAUAUGUUGCCCCCUCUAGGCGUGACAUCAUCUACAGAACUGGAUAGACAGUGUGGAUAAAGACAAGUAAAACUUAUUAUUUUAAUUACUUAAUUGCAUGUUUUUGUCGCUCUUGUCAAUGAUAGCUUCCAAAUUGAUAUCGUUAACUUCAUUAGCAAAAAAAGGAAUAAAUGACAAUCACCAUUUCCAGACUUACCAAUUCUUCCAUAGACACCACAGCCUAUGUUUCCUCACUCUUCCAGCAUUUCUUCAAGCCUCUUGAGGAAAAAAUCAGUAGAAGAGGACACAAAAUAGAAUACUAGCGGUUGGCCUUAUUUUUCUUUGUUUUUGAGUGCCGAAUUGCUUUUCUUUCUCCAUUUUUCCACAGGUUCUCACUCAGUCUCUGUCCCCUCGAGGGUGCUCCUGAUUUACGGGAUCACAUUUGGCUUGAGUCUUUAAAAUUCUUCUCAUCUUAAGUCUGACCGAAACCCUUCUUCUUUGAAUUUAGAAUCAUUGAGUCAAUCUCUGCACGUUACACUUCUCUCGCUUGAUCCGUCCCAUUUUGCGCAAGUCCAUUUGACUGAAGAGGUCCGUACUUUCCUCAUUUUAACUUCAUUAGGAAAUGUAUGCAGGCUGACCCCUUCUUUAGUUGCAUCACUACAACCUGCAAAAAUGCAUCUGGCAGACAUGUUUGAUAAUUCCUUCAGUUUCUUUGUUAAAAUACCGUGAUUGGGAUGAAGUUGCUACCAAAAUACAUACCACGCAAUCUCAAAUUGCCUCCAGCUUUCUGUAGUUGACGUCAGUUAUAAGUCAAACUUGUUAGAACACAUGCUUGAAAUCAUUAUAUGGGUCUAUUUUGGGGAGAAUUUUACCUGUAGACGUCAUUUUUAGAUCCAGAACUAUGACAUAAGUGCCAAUUGUGUCCUCAUUUGAAGAGCCCUUUGAGUCGAUUCCUGCUUGCGAUGACUAAACUCAUCAACGCAUUCUUCUUAUUUCUAGUAAGUGUCCACUUAAGUUGAAAAACAUGGUAUACGUACAAUUUUAAACCCAAAGGAGUCAUUUGUAUGAAAAUACGGUCACAUGAGUUGGUUUUACGGCAAUCAAAAACAUAACUUAUUGCAACGUAGUGUAAAUUGUACAAAGCAGAUGCUAAUGCUAAACACGCUUAUAAACACAGAUUAAUUAAUUCCAGCUAGUAUAAACGAUGCACGGUGACACCUUCCUUUUGCCUCAACCUUGUUUUUAAAGCGUUUUACUGUUAAAGUUGUAUUAACUUUACCAAAUGGUGUCCCUGAGUAUUGACAGUCAUCCAGGUCAUUUUACAACGGGACUAUUCAGGUUGUCUUAGAAGACGUUUCGCCGCUUAUCCGAGCAAGCUUCAACAAUUCAUGCUCACAGACUUGCUGUAGCCAGGACAGCUCUAGUCUGAGAGGAUGGUGCAGGAUCCGAAAAUGUAUCUUCCAACCAAGAAUAGUUUUACUCUUUGGUGGUGCAAAACGACAGGCCUCUGUCGGUCGUUUGAUGGAUGAAUGAAUGAUGAGAGGUCUUCAGGACCACCUGAACAGUCCAGGUGCGCUCAAAUCAAUGCCCUGAGUUUAAUAAAUGGUGUUAAUAGUCAUUUAUUUCUGGUAACAGUUCUACGUGAGCUGGUUAAGGAUGUUGAAUUUCUAUUUAUAACUUUGCAGACCACACUUAAUGAUGGCGACAUUGCAUUGAACUCAGAGUACUUUGGAGUUUGACUUUGGAGGUUCCACUAGAUGAGCAAAUGUUGGAAUGUCUCAAAAGUGACAGGACAUUAAUGUAUUUUAACAUGAGAAUGUUUUUAAAAAAAAGAAACGAAGGAUGACUUGUCACAAAAUAUGACAAAUGAAAUGCGUUUCUUGUACUGUUUUUCUAUCACACAAUGGUUGUUGAUCUUAUAUUCCUAUCGGCAUUAUGAUUGAUGGAUAUUUGCCAUAAUAAGCAACUCUACUGGAAUUUUGUGGAUUCCUGCAUGGAACUCACAAUAACUUUUUGAUGUCUUAAACACACACACACAUACACACAUACACAAACACGCACACUCAGCAGCGGUGACAACAACAAAAACACUAAGCUGAAAAAGACAGAAAAGUGAAUGUUUUCUUUUGGGGAAGAAAUGAGGUGGAGAAUUUCUAUAUUUUGUAUACGUUGUCUUGCUUUGAUCUCUAUGCCUCCAUGGCGUGCUGGUGUAUGUGGUUUCUUGCACGAAGCUAUAAUGUGGCUGUACAUUUAUCCUUUUCUUCGUUAUCACUGUGUGAUAUAGUCUCCUUGGGGAGAGAAAAACUCCUAAUGUGAACAAACGUUUUUCUUUGAAUUUUAAUUUGAAGAGGACACUUUAAUUCAAGUCUCGAACUGUUUCGGUUAUGAUCAUCAGAGAGAGCUCUUAUUUGCAGACAUUUUUUUUUUUAAUGCUUGUACGCUUUUAAUGACUUCUGAAAAGCUUUGCCUUUUAAAAUAUUCUUUAAACUCUGUUGUCAUGUUUGCAAAAGGGCAUGUUUCAUUGACUCUUGUCAAGGUUCCCCCAGAGGGACUGUCGUUCAUACAACUCAGGAAAUCCCAUCACACCACAGCAUCUGCAUGCAUAAUACCACUCACCUCGCCUACCACCUGUGUGUGUGUGGGUGUGCGUGUGUUUUUGUCUUCAGAUUUGUCAUUCUGGGCUGGUGUUUGCUCGGGAAAGCCUUACGUACCAAGUUGUUUUCUACAAAUAAUUCAAGCACAUACUUGGCCCCAUUGCCCUGAUUUUAGUUACUUAGAAAAGCCUCAGUGUGUGUGUGUGUGUGUGUGUGUGUGUGUGUGUGUGUGUGUGUGUGUGUGUGUGUGUGUGUGUGUGUGUGUGUGUGUGUGUGCGUGCGUGUGCGUGUGAUGUAUUGUAAGAUGUCAGCAAGCUCCUUGAGCUUGCAGUUUAAUCCGAAAGCCCUCCAACGCAGCCUUUCCCUUUAAACAAUGUCCAUCAUAGCUGAGCUCUCACUGGAGUUUUCACUUUGACUGGUGCUGGAGUUUAUAGAUAACGACAGCAUCGUGUAACCUGGAACCUGUCGAUGUCCAAAAACCUUUCAAGUCCUGGUCGUGUCCAUUUAUGUUGACUUGUGUUCUGGGUUAUAGUAUCCUCAUGGCUUGCGUGGUUUUACAAACGCAGCCGAGGCGUUCAGGGUGUUCAGUUUGAAGACCUUAGGACAGACAAGGCUAUUCAACUGCUUGAUGAGUUCAGUCCAAAACUUGAGAGACGAAUAUUUUUGCAACAAACCCCUAAAAACACUCAAGUGCUCCUGUUGUAUAACCAGUAUAACUCAUUGGAAGUUCCUUGCUUUUAUAUUUUAACCCUGUCUCCAGAAAGCUAAGGACAUGGUCCGGACUGCUCUCUUCAAUAUUAAGUCUUAUUUUGUAUAUUCCAGAGAAUCAGUGAUCUCUACAGCAGUGGUACCGGGCCGCGGAAGAAUUUUUUAUUAAAAAAAAAAAAAUGUUGUUUUUUUAUUGAAUCAACAUAAAAAACACAAUAUACUCUUACAAUUAGUGCACCAACCACAAAAACCUCCCUUUUCAUGACAAAAACGUCCCUUUUUCAUGACAAAUAACAAAAAAAAAAAAAAAAAAGGACCGCGGGACAAAUUAUUAAGCGUUGACCGGUCCGCGGAUACAAAAAGGUUUGGGACCACUGCUCUACAGUACACUUUUGAUUCUGGUUUGUUCAUUUUGUCAGAGUUACAGGAGUGCUUUGCUGUUUUUAAUGACCUUCUGCAAAAAGCUAGUCAAAGAUCAUCUCUAUGACAACAUUGAAGUGUUUUUAGUAAUCUCCUGCAAUAAUGUGAGGAUCCCACAAGUUGUUUUGAAAUGAACUUGCCAGCUACCAGUUGAAUAGCCCAAAUAAUGAAAAUGAGAGGACCUAAAAUGGAACCCUGAGGAACACCACUAAUAUAGCUAAAUAAGUUGAACACAUGACUACUGACUGCAUCUGAAGUAAGCAAGCUACGGCAACACCUUAGUUACAUGAAUCAAACAAACUGCCAAAAGGAGAGGACUUAAAGGGGUGCUUAGCGAAACGCCUCAGUAGUAUGAAUCACAAGUUUGGCCCCCGGUGUUCUAUGUUUGAUUGCAAAGGUUAAAAAGCCAAUGUAAGGAUUUGCUAAUGUGUCCAACGGAAGCACUCCUGCUUUUUUAGGAAUUUUUGUCUCCCAAGUUUGAACGGUUGAAUAGCUCUACCCUAAAAACUAGCAUCCACUACACAAGACACAUUUAUUUUGCACAACAGGGUUAUUUUGUUUGGGAAUUUGUGAAUGAUAAAAUAAAUACACACAAAUCCAAUGUCUACUGCAGAGGAUUGCUAAUAGUGAAGAGAGAAGUACGGUCCCCUGGUUCCUAGCUUUCUGGAAAUGUCACUCCAUGAACAAUUUUGUUUGAAGAUCCCCGCCUUAGGAGUUCAGCUUUGCUAUUUCCAGAGGACGUGGUCCUGUUGGCCUCAUGAAGCUGUGACCUUCAGCGUUUGCUGGGGCGAUUCAAAGCUGAGUGUGACGCUUCUGAGAUGAGAGUCAGCACCUCCCAAUCUGAGGCUAAGGCUCUCAACCAGAAAAGUGUGGAUUGCACCCUUCGAGUCGCAAGUGAGUUCAAGUAUUUCGGUAUCUCGUUUAAAUGUAAGGGAAGGCAGGAGCGGGAGAUCGUAAUGCGAUUGCUGACUGUUGUGGUGGAGAUAGAGAUAGGCCAAUAGGCAAAACUCCGACUUACAGGCCGAUCUACUUGCCAACCGUCACCUAUAGUCACAGGUUUUAAGUGGUGAUUUAAAGUGUAAUAUCACACAUACAAGCGGCCGAAAUAAGUUUCUAUGUAAAGUGUUUGGUGUCAGCUUAUGUCAGGGGUUGAGAACCUUUUGGCAGAGAGAGCCGUGAAAGCCAAAAUUUUUUAAAAGUAUUUCCGUGAGAGCCAUAUAAUAUUUUUUAACACUGAAUACAACUAAAUGUGUGCAUUUUUAAAGGCCUACUGAAACCCAGUACUACCCACCACGCAGUCUAUUAGUUUAUAUAUCAACGAUGAAGUAUUAACAUUGCAACACAUGCCAAUACGGCCUUUUUAGUUUACUAAAUUGCAAUUUUUAAAUUUCCCAGGAGUUUUGUCUUGAAAACGUCGUGUAAUGAUGACGUGUACGCAAGACGUCACGGGUUUUAAGGAAGUAUGAGCGCUGCGGAAACACACAGCUAAAAGUCGUCUGCAUUAACCGCAUAAUUACACAGUAUUUUGGACAUCUGUGUUGCUGAAUCUUUUGCAAUUUGUUCAAUUAAUAUUGGAGAAGUCACAGUAGAAAGAUGGAGUUGGGAAGCUUUAGCCUUUAGCCACACAAACACACGGUGAUUCCUUGUUUAAAAUUCCUGGAGGUGAAACUUUACUAUGGAUCAGAGCGCGGUCAAGCAAACAUGAAUCACGACGGAAUGUCAACCAGCAGGUUUCGGUUAGAAAAUAGUGUUAAAAAGUCGCUUCUUACCGGAGAAAAGCUGAGCUUGUGCCGUCCAUAGCUGCCGUCGACUUCCCUGAGACACUGUGCGUCAACACACCCGUGGACACACCCCUUCGACUAUCAGGUACUAUUAAACUCACUAAAACACUAGCAACACAUAGGAAAGAUAAGGGAUUUCCCACAAUUAUCCCAGUAAAUGUGUCUAAAAACAUCGGAAUCCGUCCCAAUGCAAUCGCGUUUUUUUUGUUUGUUUUUUCUACUCCGUCGCUAUCAAUAUCCUCAAAAACAAAUCUUUCAUCCUCGCUCAAAUUAAUGGGGAAAUUGUUGUUUUCUCGGUCCGAAUAGCACUUUUUGUUGGAGGCUCCCAUUAAAAUCAAUGUGAAUAUGUGAGGAGCCAUCAAACGUGACGUCAUCGUCUGCGACUUCCGGUAAAGGCAGGGCUUUUCUCUUAGCACCGAAAGUUGCGAACUUUAUCGUGGAUGUUCUCUACUAAAUCCUUUCAGCAAAAAUAUGGCAAUAUCGCAAAAUGAUCAAGUAUGACACAUAGAAUGGACCUACUAUCCCCGUUUAAAUAAGAAAAUCUCAUUUCAGGAGGCCUUUAAGUAAGACCAAUAUUUUUAGAGUAUAACAAGUAGCUCAUUCCUUUUAAUAAAAUAGUUUUUCUGACGCUAAUAAUAAAUAAAAAUACUUCUUACCAUUAAUGCGACUUCUUGAACAGGUGCGGUAGGAAAUGGAUGGAUGGAUGGAUUAAAAAGCAUGAGAAUUUUUAAUGUUUUAAACGUUAUUGUUAACACCAGCGGAAUUGUUCAUUACAUAAAGUGUUAAGCAAUGUCAGCUAAGAUUUAUCUACGAACCAGAUGCUGUCAUCAAAAGAGCCACAUCUGGCUCGAGAGUGAAAGGCUGACAUUUACAUCCAAAAAAUGUCUCUAGUUAUAAGAAAAAAAUAUGUAAUAAUCAAAAAAUAAAAUAUACAUACAUUUAAUUAAUAUGUUAAAUAAAUUUUACUAACAAUUAUAAUAAAGUAUAAAUGCAUUACAUGAAUAAAGUUGUAAAACAUGAAAGAAAAAAGUCAACAAAAACAAACCUCAAGCUGUGCCUUUCAUUCGUCACCUUUGACCUCCCAAGUUGCAUCACCCUCAUCGUCAUUCACGCUGUCAUUCGCAUUUUUCUGUCCCGCAGCGUCGUCCUCUUGGGUGACAUUAUACGUCAGCUGAUGUUUCACCGCGUUGUGAACGCAUCACUGCCUCUCCUGCUUCUUUUUUUUCCCAUUUGUCAACCGACUCUGUCCCUCGUCUGUCCCUCCAAACGUGUCGCCAUCCUUGUCCAAGGUUCUGUGUGUGUAUGCCACAGACAAGGCGGAGGGUCGCUCAUGUCAAUACUUUGUAUUUUCACCGUCUGUCUCAUUAAUUAUACAUACACGCGGUGACAUGUAACUAUUUGUCCUUACAGUGAACACACACACAUACACACACACCAACAUGCUGACAGCCUGAUGAAUGUCUCCCCUAGCUGUCUCUACCAUUUCCUGCUGUCUCAUCAUCUCCUUUUCUCCCACCCUUUUGUCUGCAUCCUUACAUCUCUACCUCCCCUCCUCUCCUUUCCACCUUCCUCCAAUUUUGCACGAAUGCCGCUCAUUUUCUACCUAAAAAGGCUUCUUAAUACUACCUUUGCAGACAAAAAAUUAGCCUGCUUCCUUUAAAAAAACAACACGUGAUGUGUGUCUUUUUCACCCUCUGGUCUUUUUCCGUCUCCCUGGUCGAAGGUUGCUUUUCACACUAGCAUUUUAAUCAAAAUGUGGAAACUCUUUAGUAUGGGGAACAUAUUCUAAGUAACAAAGACUUAAAGGCCUACUGAAACCUACUACUACCGACCACGCAGUCUGAUAGUUUAUAUAUCAAUGAUGAAAUAUUAACAUUGCAACACAUGCUAAUACGGCCGGUUUAAUUUACUAAAUUGCAAUUUUAAAUUUCCCGCGAAGUAUCCUGUUGAAAAUGUCGCGGAAUGAUGACGCGUAUGAUGUAGCGGAGAUGUUCUUCCUGCACCGCUCACGGCUAAAAGUCGUCUCUUUUCAUCGCAUAAUUACACAGUAUUCUGGACAUCUGUGUUGCUGAAUCUCUUGCAAUUUGUUCAAUUAAUAAUGGAGAAGUCAAAGACGAAAGAUGUAGGUUGCAAGCGGUUUAUUGCAGCUGCCUUUAGCAACACAAACACAGCCGGUGUCUCCUUGUUUACAUUCCCAAAGGUGAAGCUCUACUAUGGAACAGAGCGGUCAAGCGAACAUGGUUCCCGACCACAUGUCAAACCGGCAGGUUUCGGUGAGAAAAUUGUGGUAAUAAGUCGGCUCUUACCGUAGACAUGAGCGGAGCUUGCGUCCUCCUUCAGCUGCGGACUCUCUUACCUCGUCCCACCGGAGACAUUGGCGGUCACCACACCCGUGGACACACCCCUAUGACUUUCAGGUACCAUAUAAUCUCACUAAAACACUAGUAACACAAUAAGAAGAUAAGGUUUUUUUUAGAAUUAUCCUAGUAAAUGUGUGGAAUAAUAUCUGAAUCGCUCUCACUGCCCUCGCCUUUUUCUUUUUUUCUAGUCCUUCAUUCUCACUAUCCUCAUCCACGAAUCUUUCAUCCUCGCUCAAAUUAACGGGGAAAUCGUCGCUUUCUCGGUACGAAUCGCUCUCGCUGCUGGUGGCUAUGAUUGUAAACAAUGUGAGGAUGUGAGGAGCUCCACAACCCGUGACGUCAUGCGCACAUCGUCCAAAAGUUGCGAACUUUAUCGUCGAUGUUCUCUACUAAAUCCUUUCAGCAAAAAUAUGGCAAUAUCGCGAAAUGAUCAAGUAUGACACAUAGAAUGGACCUGCUAUCCCCGUUUAAAUAAGAAAAUGUCAUUUCAGUAGGCCUUUAA